UCCAAACGUGAAAAUGAAGUAUUUGUGUCUGCUUCUUUUGGCCACGUCGGUGACCUGUCGCUUUACCGACGAUUUCUACCAACUUUUGGCCAAGAAAUAUGCAAACGAGAAUAUCAUUUCCUCUCCCCUUUCGCUCGAAAUCGCACUGAGCAUGAUCUACAUGGGAGCCGGGGCAAAGACAGCCCAACAAUUAACUAAUGUUUUGGGACUGCCCGAUAACAGGGAGGAGGUGGCAGCCAAAACCAAGGAUCUUCUGACUGAACUCGAAGGUCGUGAGAAAGUAGCCAUUCUUACUCUGGCGAACCGCAUAUACGUGAACAAUAAGAUAAAGCUAUUACCGCAGUACAAUCAGGUGGUCAAGGAUUCCUUUAAAGCUGAAGCGGUGGCAAUCGACAUGACCGAUACCAAAAAAGCGGCUUCAAUUAUAAAUAAGUGGGUAGAUGAUCAAACGCGUGGUAAAAUCACAAAGAUAGUUGAUUCCAAUGCCUUGGUUGAUGUGUUAAUCGUCGUCUUAAACGCAAUUUACUUUAAAGGCCAGUGGCAGAACCAAUUUGAUCCAAGCAAGACGAAGAAGGUCAGUUUCCACAUUUCGAAACAAAAGAGUGUUCCUGUUGAGAUGAUGGCACAACUUGGAAUAUAUCGAACAGCAUAUAUUGGGGCAUUAGGUGCACGCGUUAUCGAGCUGCCAUACAGAAAUUCAAGCCUCUCCAUGGUCAUUUAUCUACCGGAUAAGGUCGAUGGUCUACCAGAGUUGGAAAAAGAGAUCGUUGGAUUCCCUCUGAAACUUUCCGAAGAUAAAGUGAAUUUAAAGCUACCCAAGUUCAAAAUGGAGUUCUCCAAACUUCUAAACGAAGAACUUAAUACGAUGGGCAUUCGAGAUGCGUUCACACUUAAUGCUAACUUCGAAGAUAUGGUAGGGGGCGGCGUUUUUGUGAAGUCCGUCCUUCAAAAGGCGUUCAUUGAGGUUAAUGAAGAAGGUGCCGAAGCAGCGGCUAUAACAAAAAUAGAUAUGGUGUUCAAGAGCGCUUCUAGGCCGCAGCCUAUAGAUUUUAUUGCCGAUCAUCCUUUUGCCUUUGUCAUUCGCGAUAAGAAAAACAUUUAUUUUCAGGGUCACUUCGUGAAUCCGGAAUAAAAUGCAUUUUACUUUUGCAUUUUACUUUCAAAAA